AUGGCUUCUUUAACCCCAGCGUCUCCCUCCACCUGCUUCUUAAGCAACACCCAGUUGAAAUCGCCUCCUGCCCAGGUUUUCUUUCCCCUCACGAACCCUAGUCUAGGGGCCAGUUUCUUGCAAAGAGGGUACUUUCGGGCGGUUCGCAGAAUCAACAACAUGCCCCUGAAGGCGGUGGUCGUCGCGGCGACGACGGCGGAGAAGCCGAAGAAGAGGUACCCCGGGGAGGCGAAGGGGUUUGUGGAGGAGAUGAGGUUUGUGGCCAUGAAAUUGCACACGAGAGAUCAGGCCAAGGAAGGAGAGAAGGAGGCGAAGGGGCCUGAGGAGAGGUCGGUGGCGAAGUGGGAACCGAGGGUUGAUGGGUACUUGAAGUUCCUGGUGGACAGCAAGUUGGUGUAUGAUACGCUUGAGAGGAUUGUGGAGGAUUCUGCUUUCCCUUUCUAUGCUGAGUUCAGAAAUACUGGUUUGGAGAGGUCAGAAAAACUGGCGAAGGAUCUGGAGUGGUUCAAAGAGCAAGGUUAUGACAUUCCUCAACCUUCUUCACCCGGGAUGACGUAUGCCCGUUAUCUCAAAGAAUUGUCUGAGACAGAUCCUCAAGCAUUCAUCUGUCACUUCUACAAUGUGUACUUUGCCCACAGUGCUGGUGGCCGGAUGAUUGGGAAAAAGGUGGCUGAAAAGAUACUUGAUAACAAGGAGUUGGAGUUCUAUAAGUGGGAUGGUGAACUUCCCCAACUAUUGCAGAAUGUGAGGGACAAGCUGAACAAAGUUGCUGAAAGCUGGACCAGAGAGGAGAAGAACCACUGCUUGGAAGAGACGGAGAAAUCAUUCAAGUACUCUGGUGACAUUCUUCGUCUGAUACUGUCGUGAUGAUGUGCAUAUGGAAAACCAAGUGUUGUACCGAUCUGGUGUAAGUAAUGGGGGCAAAAAGCCUCGACAGUGUAUAUUUGUGUUUGAAUCUGCACAAUUUCUUUGCAUAGCAAGCCCCUGGCAUUGUUGGUUUUUCCUUUCAAACGUGACGUCUGGAUUCUUUGCAACUUGCGGAACAUAGGAUUCCGCUGUACAUAAACUUUUCACAUCGAAACUUUGUUAAUCUUUUCUUGAUUUAUGAAGCUAAUGUCUCCCUCUAUGCGUACCCCGUGAAUUUCGUUGA